AUGGAGGGAGACGUCAUGUCAGGACGCCUUGUGCCGGAUGCGUUGUGGGAAGAGAUCGAACCGUUGUUCCCGGUGCACGAGCCGUCGCCGGAAGGAGGCCGCAAGCCGAUCGACGACCGCACGGUGUUCACGCUAUUGGUGUUCCGCCUGAAGACGGGGGUUGGCUGGCGGGACCUGCCGAUCGAGAUGGGCGCGAGCCAGAGCACGGUGCGUCGGCGGCUGAAGGAGUGGACCGAGUUUGGGCUGUGGGCGUUGAUCGUCGAGCGGCUGCUCACGCGUCUGAAGGUCGACGGGCGCGCCCUGCGGCGGGGAAAAUGCGGGCCGAACCCGACGGACAGGGGACGCAGCGGCAGCAAGCUGAACGUGAUGACCGACGCCCACGGCACACCGCUGGCGGUGAUCGUCUCCGCGGCGAACGAGCACGACGUGCGGUUCCUGCUGCCGUUGGUGCUCCUGGGGUUUCCACGCUUGGGCGGCACGCCGGGCCGGCCGCGGGAGAAACCCGAGUUGGUGCGGGCGGACACCGGCUACACCUCCGCCGACCUGCUCGGCCUGCUGGACGCGUGUGGCGUCGAGGCCCAGAUCCCUCAACGCGGCAAAGACAACCCAAGCGGCUUGGGCAAGCAGCGGUGGCCCGUCGAAAGGGCUAUCGCCUGGCUCAAGCAAUACCGAGCCGUCGGCGUCCGGCGAGACCGCGACGACACCAACUACGUGGCGGCCGUCCAACUCGCUUGCGCCCUCAUCGCAAUCUCCGCUCGUUGCGAAGCAGGUAAAGCUAGCCCCUGGCCCCUCCCAAAGAUGCUCCGCUACUGGACCGCCGGUGAAUCGCAUGGCCAGACGCUCCUCGCCCUGGUCGAUGGCUUCCCCGCCGGCGUGACGCUCGACACCGCCGGCAUCGACGCCGACCUCAAGCUCCGCCAAGGGGGCUACGGCCGUGGCGGGCGGCAACGCAUCGAGACUGACACCGUCCAGGUCCGCACCGGCAUCUGGCACGGCGUGUCGCUCGGUUCGCCGAUCGCGCUGGAGGUCGUCAACAAGGACUACAAGCUCGAACGGCUCGAAGACCUCCCGCGUCCCCGGCCCGGUCACGCCGACCUCACCGGCAGCAUCAAGCACCUCGGCGGCAUCCGCCCGAUCCUUGAGCGUUCCAGCGCGCGCGAAACCGCCGUCCGCGUCGCUGCUGGCGGCUUAGCGAAACUCUUGCUCAAAGAGUUCGGAAUCGAAACCAUCGGCUACGUCGUCGAACUCGGCGGCGAGCGGAUCGAACCUGUCGAGGGGACGAUCGCCGAGCUCCGUGCGAUCCGCGACAAGAGCGAGGUCUACGCCCUCAACCCCGAGCGUGACGAAGCGAUCAAGGAACACAUCAAGACGACCGGCAAGGCGGGCGAUACGCUCGGCGGCGUCGUUGAAGUACGCGUUGAUGGCCUGCCAAUCGGCCUCGGGACGCACGCCCAGUGGGACCGCAAGCUCGACGGCCGCCUCGCGCAGGCAGUGAUGGCGGUGCAGGCGAUCAAGGGCGUCGAGAUUGGCCUCGGCUUCGAGGCGGCCCGCCGCCCCGGCUCGAAGGUCCACGACCCGAUCCACUUCGACGAGUCGCAGCGCGACACGCCCAACCUCGGCUUCACCCGCCCCACCAACAACGCGGGCGGCCUCGAAGGGGGCAUGACCAACGGCCAACCCCUCAUCGUCCGCGCCGCCAAGAAGCCGAUCAGCACGCUCGCCAAGCCGCUGGCAAGCGUGAACCUCCAGACAAAGGAGGAAGACGUGGCGAGCUACGAACGCUCGGACGUCUGCGCAGUUCCCGCCGCGAGCAUCAUCGUCGAAGCGGUAGUCGCGUUCGAGAUCGCGGCCGCCCUGGUCGAUAAGUUCGGUAGCGACAGCCUCGAAGAGAUGAAGCGCCGCCUCUGCCGCUUGCUAUUCGUUCUCGGCUGCGUGCUGCCGACGCUAGCGGUGGCGGGUUUUACUUCGGGGCGGUUGCGGCCGUCUUAUGCGGACGAGUUGCUAGCGGUGGUUGGUGAACGUCUCGGCGCCAGCAUCGCCUGUGAAUCCCUGGCGACGCCACGGCCGGGUGUCUACGAGCUACGACGCGUCACGCUCGCUAGCGUCAACGAUGGUCGCGAGUUCGCCACCUGUGACGCAGUGAGAGUGACGUUGGGCAACGGUGGCGUGCAGUUUGCCGCGAAGAGCGUCUCGGUCCGGCAACCCGCCGACGCUUGGGCCCUGCAGAUGCUCCAGUCGGGCGUUGUCGCGGAAGGCCAGAUCGCCACGCUCUCGGUCGAUGGCUGCGACGACUACCAACGAGUGACCGCCUCGCUUGCGCGGGGCGUCGCAGAACUCGCUUGCGCAGGCGGCGACACGCUCGUCGCCAAGAUCGAUAAUGGCGUCUGUAACGCCGAGCUUCAAGCAUCGCGCCCCGUCGCCGUGGUCUGGAUUCCUUGUCGGUCGCUGCACGCCAUUGCUGCUCAGCGCCAUAGCUUUGCCGGCACGCUUACCGCAACAACGCCGCUCGACGGCGGCCCCGUCUCCGGCGCCGUCGACGGUCGCUUGGAACUUCACUCGAUCGGCUUUGACGGCCUCAAAGCGGAGCGCGGCGCCGUCGACGCGUUUGAGCUCACUUGGCAUGGCGAGAAGAUUGAACGCUUCGCAGGCCGACUCGACUUACGCGAUGGCUGGCUGGCUCGUCCGCUUGUCGAAGGCAUGAGCCGUCAUCUUUCGAUGGACGUGUUUCAACCUCUUUGGGAUCGAUACCAGGACCCCACCCAGCACGCUUGGUUUGAAUUCACCCAGCUGGCGUGCGAAGUCGAACUCGACAGGAACGGCCUCAUCAUCGUCGCCGGCUGUGGCGAGAUCGACGGCGAGACACGCAGCGGCGCCGUCGCCCACGCCGUCGUCGAGCACAACUGCGAAGCCCUCCUCAAACAGCCCAGCUUGCGUCCGCUACCGGUGCAGCGUCUCGUGCAAGCCUGGCGCCCCGAUGAAGUGGCCGAGCUCCCGGCUACGGCCGGCGCUAUUGAGAUGGCGAGCCGUCUGCCGGGGAUGUCGUCGAAGUAA